CACGGGCACUGCGACAACAGUUUUGUCUCUCCUGGUAAACAGAACGGAGAGCGAACAAGGGCAGACUGAAAUUAACAUGAAACAGGACUAGGAUAGGAAGGAUAACAAUGGCAGAGAGCAGUCCGAGGGAAAUCCAAAUCCGAGCCCUAACCGGUGAAUCUAUCACUCUCCCCAUCACUGCCACCACAACCAUCCAAGACCUCAAGCCUCUGCUCAACCAGUCAUUCCCACCCGCCACCGUCUCCUCCAGUUUCCACCUCUUUUUCAAGGGUGACAAAUUGAGAUUGCAGACUCAGAUUGGGUCUUACCCCAUCCAACGUGGCGAGUUUCUUGUCCUGAUUCCUUUUGCUAAGAAGGAACCGAAGAAACCGGACCCUGUUCCGGCUUCUUUAAAUGCUCCUCACACUGCUUCAGCCUCUAAUCUAGCGGAUUCCACGUGGUCCACUAUAAUGGAGGAUUUGUCACAUUUACGUGACACCUCUGACAGUGCCGAUAAAACAGAGGAAGUGUUGGAGACCCAAACCAAAGUGGAUUUAGGUUCUGAGAAGCAGAUAGAGCUUCCAUAUCAUCUCAUAUUGAAUUCGUUGGAGUGUAGUGGCGAGUGUGCUCUUGGCGAGCGUAAUUGCAAGGUUUUUGUGAAGGUUUUGGAGUCUGUGAAUUGUUUAUCGGACCUGCCUCUUGGCCACUGCAAGUUGUUGAAACGAGCACGUGUGAAGGGUUUAGCUAGUGAUGCUGUUACGUGUUUGUGUCCACCGUGGCUGAAGAUAGUAGUUAAGGCAUUUGCUUUUAUAAACACAUUUUCCGCCUUUGUUCAUUUGCAGCGUAGGAAAUUGACCUCGUGUCUUUUGGAAGAGGCGCUUAAUCAGCUUGCAGAGUUCGGGGUUCAACUUGGGCUAAGUGACAUGGAGCAUCUUUCCCUUCUUUGUCCUCAUCUGAUAUGUUUUGGAGAUGACAUAGAGAACGUGGGUUUUGGUGAUGUCAUUGUUGUUGUUAACCGUUCAACUAGCAACAAAGAUAAUAUUGAAGACAAUUCUAAAAGAGGGCGCAAGUGGUUGUAUGUUUCAAAGAUUGUAAGUACAUUGAAGAGAAGGGACAGUUCCUUCCGAAAAAAUCUAGGGUGGGCUUUUGAGCAGCUGCCGUUUGAAUUUGGAAAUGAGAUCACUUUGGGAAUUUCCUUGGAAGAGCUGCUUAAGGCAGUCAAGGACAAUGAUUUUAUUAGGAACGAAGACAAAUCAAAAAGUGUAAAGAGAAGCAAAACUACCUCAAAACCUGAAUUAAACUAUAUUGGGUGUCAGGAGACUAAGUCUUUACUGGCUGUAGACAUGGUUGAUCAUCUUCAGAAAGGAAUUGGAUCUGAAGGACAGAUUGUGCAUAUUGAAGACAUAUGUGCCAGAGAAGCCAUUUUUGGUGAGAUCCCAAUUGAACUAUCAGAGAAAAUGAGAUCUGCUUUGAGGAGUAUUGGAGUUUCCAAAUUUUACACUCACCAGGCUGAGUCUAUACAAGCCUCCCUUCAUGGCAAGAAUGUUGUUGUGGCUACAAUGACAUCUAGUGGCAAAUCUCUGUGUUAUAACCUGCCAGUUCUAGAGUUGUUGUUCAAGAAUUCAUCUUCAUGUGCUCUGUACAUAUUUCCGACAAAGGCAUUAGCUCAAGAUCAAUUAAGAGCUUUGUUAUUCAUGACAAAAGGAUGUGGUGUUGACUUCAAUAUUGGUAUAUAUGAUGGUGACACUCCUCAUAGUGAGAGGAUGUGGCUACGUGAUAAUUCUAGACUGUUGAUCACAAAUCCAGAUAUGUUACACAUAACAAUCUUGCCCCACCAUCAACAAUUUAGUCGGAUUUUAUCAAACUUAAGGUUUGUGGUUAUUGAUGAAACUCAUACUUACAAGGGAGCAUUUGGAUGCCAUACUGCCCUUAUACUGAGGAGGCUCAAACGACUCUGUUCACAUGUAUAUGGAGCUGUUCCUUCUUUUGUUUUUUCCACUGCAACAUCUGCAAAUCCUCGUGAGCAUUCUAUGGAACUUGCCAAUUUACAUACGCUGGAGCUGUUUCAGAAUGAUGGAAGUCCAUCUACAAGGAAACUUUUUGUCCUUUGGAAUCCUGCUCUGCGGCCAAAAGCUAUCUUUAAAAAUGUUCAGUUUGCAAAUUGUACCAAUGAGUUGGCAGAUGACAAUGCAAAUUUUGUUCGUUCAAGCUCGAUUGUGGAUGUUUCACGCCUUUUUGCAGAAAUGGUUCAGCACGGUCUUCGCUGCAUUGCAUUUUGUAAAUCACGGAAACUUUGUGAGCUUGUUUUAUCCUAUACACAUGAUAUUCUUCACGAGACAGCCCCACAUCUGGAGGAUUCCAUAUGCGCAUAUCGUGGUGGCUACAUUGCAGAGGAAAGAAGAAAAAUAGAGCGUGCAAUUUUUGGUGGUAAAAUUUGUGGUGUUGCUGCAACUAAUGCUCUGGAGUUGGGCAUAGAUAUUGGAGAAAUUGAUGUCACUCUGCACCUAGGAUUUCCUGGCAGUAUUGCAAGCUUGUGGCAACAAGCCGGUAGGGGUGGGAGGAGAGAUAGACCAUCUCUUGCUGUCUAUGUUGCAUUUGGCGGGCCUCUUGAUCAAUACUUCAUGAAACAUCCGAACAAACUUUUUGAAAGACCAAUUGAAUGCUGUCAUGUUGAUUCCCAAAACAAGCAGGUUCUUGAACAACAUUUGGUUUGUGCAGCUCAUGAACACCCUCUGAGUGUGAAAUAUGAUGAGCAGUAUUUUGGUCCUUGCAUAGAGAGUGUUUUAAUUUCUCUAAAAGCUAGAGGAUACUUGAGUUCUGUAUCAUCUGAUUUGUCUUCUAGAAUAUGGAAUUACAUUGGUCCUGAGAAAUUACCCUCACAUGCUGUCAAUCUCCGCGCAAUAGAAACUGUAAGAUACAGUGUCAUUGAUGAAAAAAAAAAUGAAGUCCUUGAAGAGAUAGAGGAAAGCAAGGCUUUCUUUCAGGUAUAUGAAGGUGCUGUGUAUAUGUGCCAGGGGAAAACCUAUUUGAUUGAAAAAUUAGAUUUAUCUAACAAGACUGCUUUCUGCAUAGAGGCUGAUCUAAAGUAUUAUACAAAGACUCGAGAUUACACUGAUAUUCAUGUCAUUGGGGGUAAUAUUGCCUAUCCAGUAAAGUUAGAAACCAACAUGUUUCCAAAAUCAAAUGCCCGAGCUGAUGUAUGCAAAGUGACAACUACUUGGUUUGGAUUUUAUCGCAUUUGGAGGGGAAGCAAUCGAAUUUUUGAUACUGUUGAUCUAAACCUUCCUCAAUAUUCAUUCGAGUCACAGGCAGUCUGGGUUCCAGUGCCACAGUCCAUAAAAGAAGCAGUCAUCAAGAAAAAUUAUGAUUUCCGUGGAGGUUUGCAUGCUGCUUCACAUGCCCUUUUACAUGUAGUGCCUUUACAUAUCACAUGCAACUUGUCUGACUUGGCUCCUGAGUGUCCAAAUCCUCACGAUAGUCGAUAUUACCCUGAAAGAAUUCUAAUAUAUGAUCAGCAUCCUGGAGGGUGUGGAAUUUCAGUACAGGUUCAACCCUAUUUCACCAAGUUCCUGGCAGCUGCACUAGAGGUUCUCACGUGUUGCAGUUGCUCAGUAGAAGUAGGUUGCCCUAAUUGUGUUCAGAGCUUUGCUUGCCAUGAAUAUAACGAGGUCUUACACAAGGAUGCGGCCAUUAUGCUGAUGAAGGGUAUUCUGGAUGCAGAGAACUAGUACUUCAAAGAAUGUGGUUGGCUAUUCUGAAGGCAAGUUAUGGAAAAUGCUCCAAUAAAGUUUUUCUCUAAUAAGUGAACAAGGGAUUACUGUUAAGAUUACGAUGCACUUUAAAAUAAAUUAAGGUUGGAUAUGACUUUAUUUUCUUUAAGAUAAUCCCAAGUUAGAACAACUUGUUCUAAUUUAAGAGUCUCUUUUUAGGUGUCCUG